GCGUUUGAUGGGUUGUUCCUUCACUUUUACUCCCCAUUGUCGCACUUUUACUUAAUAAUAUCUAUGACAUUGCGUCAUGGAUAGUUUGUGUUACGUUCAAAAUACUCAUGAUUGUGGCUGAUUUUCACUUAUUUAAAUGCCGCUCCGGCAUAUUGAAGACCUGAACUGAACUUUCGCAGUGAACCACGGGAGUCUAGUGGCGCGGGAGAAACAAAUUCACAUGAAAUUCGGAGUGCAAUGGACAUAACUAGGCCUAGGCCUACAUUCUUUAUAAAGUUGUCGAAGAUGUUAAUCCUUUUUCUUUGUGACUAGCCAUAGACCUGGAGGAGAAAAGUACAAUGGACUGCCAUCUCUCAAGCGGGCGCACAUCGAUCUUGCGUCAACCGGAAGUGCCGAAGUUACCGGCACAGACAACUUUCGUUUUGCUGUUUUCGGGGUUAAAAUGGUGCAUCCCGACUCCACUUUUCUCAUCAUAUGUCAUCUCAAUAAAAGUCGGUCAUUACAGAAAAACAUGAAAAAUAACGAAUUCUAAGUGCCUGCAGGAGUUGGCAGUCUAUUGUGUUUUUCUCCUCCAGGUCUAUGGACUAACAAAGUUAACUCCAAUUUGCCAGGGUGAAAGGGAAGAAGUAACAAUGAAGACAGACUGAUGUCUGGGCAGCCUUGAUGGGAAUGCCUGGCUGACACCAAGUUUCUGGGAGAUCCUUCACGUGGUGUGCCAUGUUUUUACUGCGACAGUGUCUGAGUUUGGGACAGAGUCCCAGAAAACAUCUUACUGAUCGUUGUGCAGCUGCUGUGCAAGCGAGAGCGAUCGGAUCGGCCAAUCCGUCCAGAAAUGCAUUUCUGACGACGCCCAUUUUUUAUGUUAAUGCAGUCCCUCACAUUGGCCACUUGUACUCGGCUCUGAUUGCUGACUGCGCUCACCGGUGGCAACGAAUUUCAGGAGCGGAGGAGACCAUCUUCUCGACGGGAACAGACGAGCACGGUCUGAAGGUGCAGCAGGCUGCCACCUCAGCCGGGAAGAAGCCGCAGAAAUACUGUGACCAGGUCUCCGAACAAUUUCGGAGUCUCUUCUCUGAGAGUAAUGUCAACUACACUGACUUCAUACGCACCACUGAGUCGAGGCACCACGAAGCGGUCAAUCACUUUUGGAUUACGUUGCAGAAACGAGGCUACAUCUAUAAGGGCAAAUAUGAAGGGUGGUACUCAACGUCAGACGAGACAUUCCUGAACUCACAGCAGGUACAAGACAGUGACACUCAAGAUGGAGUCAAAGUUUCAGUGGAGACGGGGAAUCCGGUUGAAUGGACCACAGAGAUCAACUACAUGUUCAGACUGAGCGUAUUCCCGUCAAGGUUGCUGGAAUGGCUGGACGAGAACCCCAGAGCAGUGUAUCCAGCCAAGUUCCACGCCAUAGUGCGUCAGUGGGUGUCUGAGGGUCUACAGGACCUGUCUGUCUCCAGACAACGAGAUAGACUCCAUUGGGGCAUUCCAGUGCCCGGAGAUCCAUCACAAACGAUCUAUGUCUGGUUGGAUGCUUUAGUCAACUACUUGACUGUGUGCGGCUUUCCUGGACAAAUGGAUCUGUGGCCGGCGACUCACAUCGUGGGAAAAGACAUCCUGAAGUUCCAUGCGAUCUACUGGCCGGCAUUUCUGUUGGCUGCUGGAUGGCCGCCACCCACCUCUGUAGUUUGCCACUCCCAUUGGACCAUGGACAGCUUCAAGAUGUCCAAGAGCCGGGGCAAUGUGGUAGAUCCAUUUGACAGACUUCGUACCUACACUCGUGACGGCUUACGAUAUUUCCUUCUCAGAGAGGGAGUGCUGCAUUCUGAUGGAGAUUACACUGAUGAGAAAGUUCUGAAGCUACUGAAUGCUGAGCUGGCUGACACUUUUGGGAACCUGCUGUCCAGGGUGACAGGGAAAGUGUUGAAUCUGUCGCAGGUCUUUCCACAGUUCCACGCUGAACUUUUCCCCCGCCAGCAGUCGCUGACCUCUUUGUCUGGAAGGGCUUCUGCCGAGGACUACGCUCUGGUGUCUGCUCUGCAGAGACUGCCAGAAUCCGUUGACAUCCAUUACAACAACUUUGAAGCAUACAAAGCGCUGGACGAAAUCAUGGCGUGUCUGCGGCAGGCCAAUGCGUUCAUUCAGCGCCAUGAGCCAUGGAAUCUCGUCAAGAAUGAAAAGGACGGCCCCUGGCUUGAAACUGUCCUCCACGUUGCCAUGGAGACGCUGAGGAUUUGUGGCAUACUGCUGCAGCCCGUCGUUCCUGACAUGGCCGACAGAUUGUUAAGUCGGCUCGGUAUCGAAGGCAGCGAGAGGACAGUGGCCAAUUUAGAAUGUUUCACAGGGACAGGCAAGAGCACGCCACUUGGGAGGGAUACAGGUGUAUUGUUCUCUAGACUGAAGCCAGAGGAAAAGAGUUGACCAAUCUAGAAUUGUGACUAUUUCCAAAUCAGUUACUCAAUUAUGCAUUCACUUUUGCUAACUGGAACUCUUGCCAAAACCUUUUACAAUCAUGACAAACGACAAGAACUUGUAUUUUUCAUGUUUCCUUCAACUGGUUUAGUUUCAUUUCGGUUUUGUUAUAAUGGCCACUAAAAUUAAAGCUGAAAACAGCUCACAAAAAGCUGAAAUGUAAAAGGUUCCAAUACUUUUGUACAGACCAGGUGUACCAAAAAAAAAUUAGGGUCAACAACUAAAAAAAAAUUCUCAUAUCUCUGAUUAUACUUGGGAUACCUCAGCCACAAUGUACAUGCUGUCAAGAAUGCAUCUAAGCUUUUGGGAAAAGAAUGUGAUAUAUCAAAGUUGUUUUUGAAAACUACUGGAAAAGUUAAAAAUCACGAUAAACUUUUCAUUUCAUUUACAUGUAUAUUGAACCAAGUCAUGUGCAGUGUAAAAGGCAAAAUAAAAUCGUUAAAUCUUUUAUACUUUUUCAUGUGUGUUUGUAUUGGAAUAUAAGUAAUCACAAAAUGGACAUUUUCCUGCUUUAGAGUUCAAAAAUAAUUUGGAGUUGCUGAAGAAAAAUUUGAUCUCAGUACUUUUUUCUUGUGCAGUGCCCGAUGACAUAACUUAUAUAACUUAUUAUUUCAGGCUCCUUCAUCGGAAACUUCCAUUUGAUCAAUACACAUAAAACCCUUGAGUCUAGUUAAACCACGUCCCUAUGGGCUUGUUCUAGUGUAAACCGUCCAUAGACGACGUACACGUGCAGAUACUAGGUAUGUUCUUGCCCUCCAUGACCUACACAAGUACGAAUGAGUGAAACCGAUUGAGCGACCGCAAAUCUAAACAGCGACCUCUUGUGGCAGAGUAAACGAAAGCGAAUUUCACUGGUGCCAACUCUCAUGAAUAAUUUCAGUGAAAACAAAUGUCCGAGUACCAGCGAAAAACUUGUUGGGUGGUCUUUCCGAACAGAUUCGAAGUUCUAGAUUUAAUUGCCACGUGUUUGAUGACUGUAUAAAGCUGCUAAUAAUAUAUCUCAAAAGAAUAUUAUAUAAAGAUGUAUUUAACAUUUACAGAGAAUGGAAUGAAGGGCAACUUUUUUUAAAAUUUGAAUAAAAAGGCCCUUUAAUUGUUUAAUAAUGUGGAGCGAGGGUGGUGAAAGUUGCUAUUUUUGGACCACCCACGUGGAGAGUUAAAUGGAAAUAACAAAUGUCAUUGGAAUGUGGAAGUAUGUCGCCAUGUUUGAGAUUCACUGAACUGUUUUGAACGGUAUUCUUCCCCAAAUAGUGUGUGUCAGACCUCGGUGCUAGGAUGCAACUGUAUAACUUCGUAAUCUGAGCUUUGAAAUUUCGAGGAUUUUUGGCCUGGUGAGGCUAAACGGUUGGCAGAUUGGAAUAGUGCAUUGCCUUGUCGCAUGGGAUGGGAUUCGUCAUGUCACUGUUUGUGAAUAGAUGUCAGACUGAAAGUGCUUCUGUGGUUUGGAGAAAUGCAGAACACGUGAGAGAAACUAGAACAAGGGAGAUAAAAACAUGUAGCUGGCUCAGUUUGUGAAAACAACUCUCAUC